AAGUCAGAGACUUAAGGACACGGGCCCCGCAACCAGAUGGUCCGCAGGAGAGCCGCCAGCUCCAGCCGCAGCUCCGGGAGCGGGAGAGCCCCGCCGCGCCGCACGGACUGAGACGCCCGGGCGGGCAGCGCAGCGGGGCCGUGCCCAGCGCCGGGCUCGGGAGACCCCCACCUGACGACGGCCGCUCGAUCCCGUGCCGGGGGGGCCCCCAGCGCCGUCUUCUCCUCCCCGCAUCCCCCUUUGCUUUCAUGCAACGCCUGGUGGCCUGGGACGCAGCAUGCCUCCCCAUUCAGCCGCCCGCCUUUAAAUCCAUGGAAGUGGCUAAUUUCUAUUACGAGGCGGACUGUUUGGCUGCUCUCAACAAGCUGCACCCGCGGGCGGCCGGGGGCCGCUCCAUGACCGAACUUACCGUAGGGGACCACGAGAGAGCCAUUGACUUCAGCCCCUAUCUGGACCCCUUAGCAGCAUCCCAGCAGCCGGCGCAGCCGCCGCCUCCCGCAGCAGCAGCAGGGGGCAACUUUGAGCCUGCCUGCAGUAGCGGCGGCCAAGAUUUCCUUUCCGAUCUCUUCGCCGAGGACUAUAAAGGCAGCGGCGGCGGCAAGAAGCCCGACUACACCUACAUCAGCCUCACCCGGCACGGCCACCCGUGCGGCAGCCAGAGCCACAAGCCGGGGGUGCUGCCGGGCUGCUUCCCGCCCCAGAUCGUGGAGACCAAAGUGGAGCCGGUCUUCGAGACCCUGGACUCUUGCAAAGGGCCCCGUAAGGAAGAAGGGGGAGCGGGGCCAGGACCGGGGGGCAUGUCCUCGCCCUACGGCAGCACCGUGCGCUCCUACCUGGGCUACCAGUCGGUGCCGAGCGGCAGCAGCGGGAACCUGUCCACCUCGUCCUCCUCCAGCCCCCCCGGCACCCCGAACCCCUCCGAGUCCUCCAAGUCGGCCGCCGGCGCCGGGGGCUACUCGGGGCCGCCGGCGGGCAAGAACAAGCCCAAGAAGUGCGUGGACAAGCACAGCGACGAGUACAAGCUGCGCCGGGAGCGGAACAACAUCGCUGUGCGCAAGAGCCGCGACAAAGCCAAAAUGCGCAACCUGGAGACGCAGCACAAAGUCUUGGAACUGACGGCCGAGAACGAGAGGCUGCAGAAGAAGGUGGAGCAGCUCUCUCGGGAGCUGAGCACCCUCAGGAACUUGUUCAAACAGCUGCCCGAGCCCCUGCUCGCUUCCUCGCCCCGCUGCUGACCCCCGCGCCGGGCCGCGGGGCGAGCUGAGCGCUGCCCCCCCACGCCCUCCUCCCGGGGCCGGGCCGCGUUUUCGGUUUCGUUGGGGGUUUCAUUGUUGUUGUUUGUUGUUGUUUGUUGUUGUUUCGGUCUCUAUUUGCUAACCCCCCCCCCCCCCCCCUCCCGGGGCCAGGGGGCGGCGGGCGGCGCGGGGGGGGCCGCGGCCCCAGGGCUCUGCUGGGCGCUGGGGUUAUUUAAAACGGCGAGAGGAGAGCGAGGGCGAAGUGAUGCAAUCCUUUAAGCAUGGCUGGGAAUGCUGUGUACAUGAUGCAAUCUCGUGUAACUGUCAGUCAUGGAUUGAGUAAUCUGUUAAAGAUGUUCCUACAGUUUUUUUUAUUAUAAAGAAUAAUCUAUUUCUAUAAGAAAAUACAUAUGUAUAUUUUGGGAUCUAUGCAUUCUUGCUACAUUUGAAGCAUUAAUGAACGAUUUUAAUAAACUUUACGACUAGGUUAAAAAAA